GGGCCCUGAAGGAAGUGGCAAUUAAUCACGUUGCUGAGGAUAUGGAGCAAAUGACGGUAGCUGAGUACGUGACAGCUGAAGGAGCUUGGCGCACCGACAUGUUCGAGGCCUUCCUCCCUGCCAAGGUCUGCCAGAAGAUUCUUAGUGUGGUUGUUGACACACUCUCUAACAAGGAAGAUACCCUCUUCUGGACUACUUCUCCGGACGUAAACUUUUCCACCAAGUCGGCUUUCACCCUCCUCACUCCGCAGCCUCCAGAUCCGGACGAGAAGCUCUUGAAGACGGUCUGGUCCCUACCAGUCCCGGAGAGGGUCCGUUGUUUCUUGUGGCAAACGUGCACUGGGAGGAUUGCCACUAAUAGCCUCCGUUUCCACAGGAAAGUUGCUACGAAUCCGUUCUGUCCAAAGUGCCCGGGGUCGCCAGUGACAAUCUUGCACACUCUCAGAGACUGCCCUCCAGCCACCUUCUUCUGGCUUCGGCAGACCGGGGGAAUGCAGCAGCAAGACUUCUUCACUCUUGACCAGAAAUCUUGGUUGUGCAGCAAUCUCUCGAGUACGGAUGCGGUGGCGACAGGGAUGCCUUGGCCUGCUUUCUUCAGUACGGCGUUGUGGCUCAUUUAGAAAAAUCGUUGUGUUCUUUGUAUGCAGGGUACCGGAGCGGCUCUCACCCCGCCAUCCCUUGAGCAUUCGAUUAUGGCUAAGAUGAAGAUGUGGUAUAAUGCUUGGCUAGCCCCUCCUCUCCUCCCUUCCAAUAGAAUUCGGCCCGCCGACAGAAUUGAGGAGGAAGUGGGUUGGAAGCCGCCGCAAGAUGGAUGGAUCAUGCUCAAUACCGACGGAGCCUCCAACGGCAAUCCUGGGGCAGCAGGGGCUGGCGGAGUGUUGCGCGAUCCGAUGGGACGCUGGGUUGCAGGCUUUGUCGCCAACCUCGGCACCGCCACGAUGAUCCUCUUGGAGCUUUGGGGAAUCUCCUUCGGUCUGGACAUCGCUUGGAAAUAUGGAGGAAGAGCUAUUCACAUUCAGACCGACUCGCAGCUGGCGAUGCAGCUCAUUAAGGCUAGACAUGACCCGAUCCACCCUUAUGCUACUCUCCUUUCCGCCAUUCGCAGGAAGCUCAACCGUGACUAGUUGGUUCGCUUAACGCAUACUUACCGGGAAGGGAAUAGAGUCGCGAACUGGCUCUCGAAGCACAGUCUCGUCUAUCCCUACGGUAUGCAUGAGUUAGCGAACCCUCCUUCGGAAAUUAAUCCCCUUCUUCGGGAUGGCAUCAUGGGCAUCACCAUAACCCGUAUGGUGGUUGCUACCUCUUCUUCCCCCCUUUUUACCUCCCCCAUGUAUUUUUCCUUCUCUUGACUUUUAGCCUCCUUCUAAUGCAAAAAAAUUAAAUUAAUAGCCAAAGUUUAUACAAUGGUGAUCGAGUUGAUGAUAUAAAGUAUUUGUUGAAAAUGUUGAGAGAGAUAUCAAUGUGAAGAGUAUCAAUAGCCUUCAAGCUGGACAUUUACCAUGUUCGAAGAACACAUAAUUCAAAGGCGUUCAUUUGUGUACAUAUGGUAAUUUCAAAUUUGAUAAGCGGAAGAUGAGGAAAACACAUCAAAAGGGAACUAAUUCUACAAGUUAACUAUUUAGGGUGCACGGUAAGGGGUGGGAAUGAGAUGCAAAUCAUUUUUUCUUCCAACUACAAUCCCAAACACUUCGGUCAUGUCGAGAUCUUCGGGUUUCAUUUCAUUUGGAAGCUUCCAAUCAAAGUGAUAGAGCAAAUUCGCGACUGCAAGAUGGACGAUAGCCAUCCCGGUCUUCACGCCAGGGCACAUUCUUCUCCCAGCUCCAAAUGGGAGGAGCUGGAAGUCAUCGCCGUUAUAGUUAACGGGACUGUUGACAAAUCUUUCGGGCAUAAAUUUAUCCGGCUCGAUCCAGUACGCGGGAUCUCGACCGAUCGCCCACGCAUUUAUCGCCACCUUCGUUUUUGCAGGUAUCUGGUACCCUUUGAUCACGAUCGUCUCUCGGCUCUCUCUCGGAACCAACAACGGAAGCGGCGGGUGCAAUCUCAGAGUCUCUCUCACGAUCAGCUUCAUGUAGUGCAGCUCAUCAAUGCUCGCUUCAUCUACUGCCUUUCCUUUUCCGUCAAACACUCGUCUAACCUCUUUUUGUGCCUUUUCCAUCUCUUCUGGGUUCCUCAUCAGUUCAGACAUGACCCAUUCUAUGGUGACAGAGGACGUAUGGGUCCCACCGAAGAAUAUGUCCUGCAACACAUUACAUUAACUGGAAAUUUAGUAAAAACACGUAUGGAUUGGUUGUACUAUACGAUGUGUCAGUACUUAAUAUAAGAUCAAAAUUGUU